AUGUCUGCACCACAUUUGAUAAUUUUACUGACAGUGACACAGGCACUAUUAGCCGGAGCAUUUCCGAUUCCCUUUCGUCAGUGGUUCAGCCUCUUCACUGACACCUGCGACAGCCCUCCUCAUUCUCCAUCUCAGCCCUCUAAUGAUGAUACACUAACGCAGGUGGGAGUAUCCGUAGAUGCCGCAGCACAAGAAUCCAACUCGUCCCUGUACACCUCCGUGAUCACCUUCAACGACCCCUCGCUGAGUUUGCACACCGUCACUGCCACCGAGUUGCCGAAUCCUCAGCAUCCUUCGAAUACGACGGGAAGUCCCGACACGACCGGGUCUUUGGUUACUACAAUCCAGACUGAAGGCAACCCACCUGUCCAGCCCUUUCCCACCAGUUUGCCGUCCGUUACUGAGUCGACGCUCGAACCCCUGAACACCACUGGCUUAUCUGUCAAUGUUUCCACUGUGCCGUCGACACUCACGCAGACUAUCACCCUGCCAUUGACCACAUUCGAGACGGUUAUUACAACCGAGACUGUGAUCACCAUCGCAGUUCCUACGACCGCCGUCCUUACCCAGGUCACCGUUGUCGAAUCGACAUACACAUCUGACGGCUCCGUGAUUACGACCUCAUCGGUUGGCACUACCGCUGUCACAACGAUUGGCUCAGCCCUAGUUGAGACGACUCUGUCGGCGUCUCAGACCAAUACCUCGACCAUUACCACCGUGAUCACGACCGACGACCCGGACAGUGUCCCUAUCGCAACAGCAUCCCCAGCCUGUUUACUCAGCAUGGGCUGUGAUGGACAAGACAUGUUCUUACCAGUGGCUAUUGGCCAGCCUCCAGCGAACCUUCAACCACGUGCAGGUCAUCCUGUUCCUCGCCUCGGUAUCGUCAACACUACCGGUCCUAUUGAGACCAACAAGUUCUACUCCAAUUUCCAUCUCGGUCUGCAACGCUUCCCGGCAUUUGUCACCCCGUACAGCUUGACUUGGAGCAAGGGCACUGGAAAUGCUUUGAGCUGGGGCAUGGCGAUCUCCCACAUCGAAAGCAACCAGAAAGUGUUUGGCCCUAGCAACGACAACAUUCCUGGAAAGCCCAACAGCUACUACAUCAAUCCUCUUGGAAUCCAGUCAUUGAUAGUCUCAGCAAAGGAGCUACAGAAGGAUACCGUGCUUAAGACCGAUGAGCUUCACUUCAUGACAGGCAGGGCCAUUCUUCUACCCAAUGAAGGCUCGACAUCAUCCAUUCUCUUACCAAUGGCCUCCGGCAUGGGCUUUGUCAGUGCAUUGUAUACCAACUUGAAGCCAUGGGUCCAGAGCAGUGUCUUCUUUCGCAACGUCGCUCAGAUUGCAUCUCCAAAAUCAGGCGUGUGGAAGUACAAACUGACUCUAGAAGAUGGCAAGAUAUGGCUUCUGUAUGCCAUGUCCGACAGUGGGGUCCCCCCGAAUUUUGCCCUCAUCUCCAGUACUCUCCUUCAAGGCGUCGAUAAUUGGUCCGGUCUCAUACAGAUUGCAAAAUUGCCGGACGAGUCCGCCGAGGCGAUCUACGACGAUGCGGUCGGAGUAUACCCAACUAGUGGACACGUCGGCGGCUACGCUCACAAUACAACUGCCGAAUACAGCCUGUCCUGGAGCAAGGGUGGCCCUUAUGCCAGCAACACAUCCCUUCUGAUGUUUGCACUGCCGCACCAUGUUGAGUCUUUUACCAGCACCACCCGCAGCUCCGUCAAGAACCUCCGACUCAACACACUCACCAAAGGCAUUGCAACUGCGGUCUUCGCCGAUUACUGGUCGCUGCAGGAAACUCUGUCAACAUCGAUGGGCUUCGCACCAUGGCGUCCUCAAGGCACUGGACCGGUCACAAACCUGAGCGCCAAUGCGAUCGCCGCUAUCCAAGGUAUUGCAGCCAUAGAAGCAUCCCAAGACAUGAAUGCUCAGACCAAUCUGAACAGCAUGUACUACAGUGGGAAAGGCCUCAGCAAAUUCGCAACACUCUGCUAUGUGAUGCAUGAGAUGUCGGAUCAGCAAGACCUUGCAUCAGCUGCGUUGGAAAAGCUAAAGACUGCCUUUGCGGUCUUCACAGAGAACCGACAGGAAUUUCCGCUCCUGUACGACACCGACUGGAAGGGUUUAGUCUCAUCAGCCAGCUAUGUUACUGGAGACAGUGGUCUCGACUUCGGCAAUUCAUACUACAAUGAUCACCAUUUCCACUAUGGAUACUUCAUCCACGCCGCGGCCAUUAUCGGCUAUCUCGAUCCAUCAUGGCUACCAGCGAACAAGGACUACAUUAAUGCCCUGGUGCGAGAUACCUCCAAUCCCAGUUCUGUGGAUCAAUACUUUCCAGUCUUCCGGUCUUUCGAUUUCAUGGCCGGUCACUCUUGGGCCAAGGGGCUGUACGAGACUGGGGACGGCAAGGAUGAAGAGUCAUCCUCCGAAGAUGCCAUGUAUGCCUAUGCUCUGAAGAUGUGGGGCAGAACCGUUGGCGAUCCUUCAAUGGAAUCUCGUGGUGACCUUAUGCUAGCUGUAUUGGCGCGUAGUCUUCGCCACUACAUGCUGAUGGACUCAACCAACCAAAAUCAGCCUGCUGAGUUCAUCGCCAACAAGGUGACAGGGAUUUUGUUUGAGAACAAGGCUGAUCACACGACCUACUUUGGCAACAACCCGGAGUACAUUCAGGGCAUCCACAUGAUUCCUAUGUUGCCCUUCUCGACUUUGACGCGAUCACCGCAGUUUGUCGCCGAAGAGUGGGGUGCUUAUUUUGUGGAUGGUGCUUUCAACCAGGCCAAGGACGUGCAAGGAGGAUGGAAGGGUUUGUUGUACAGCAACCUAUGCAUCAUCAAUCCAAGAGCAUCCUAUAACUUCUUCACACAGCCCGACUUUAGGCCGGAAUGGAUCGAUGGAGGCGCUACAAGAGCGUGGUACAUUGCCUACGCAGCGGCCUUGGGUGGAGCCCCGUGA